AUGAUAAAGGAGAGUUCAUCAUCUUCUGAUGAAGAUCUACAUGUUCUAUGUGAUGAUGAAGAAGAGUUAGAUGAUGAUUUUUCUGAAGGAAGGGGAGGUGAGACAGGUGGUGAUUUCGGGAAGGAUAACGAAUUGUGGUACAGGUGCGUCAGCUGUGGUAGCUGGUCGCACGCUUUAUGUUCCGGAUAUGAUUCUGCAGUUAAUUAUUUUUGUGUGUUUUGUAUGUAAAGACAGUUUAUGAUUUAUGUUAGAAGUUCAUUACCGUUUAUUUUGAGUUAAAUAUAUUUCUGUUAAAUUAUGAUUUUCAGUUUUUUUACGCUAAUACACUAAUGAAACGGAUGGCAUAUAUGGAUGUGUGUACGAAAUUAGACGACUACAUGUACGGCGUUACCCGCUUGAUUCGGUUAAUGCCGUACAAAGACUGCUUUCAAUUAGAGUGCUCUAUCUGGUAUAAUUGUGACUUUUAUUUUCUGUCGUUAAGCAUAUAUAUAAUAGGCCUAAUUAUUAGCAAAUUCAAAUCGAUAAUUAUAUUUUUUGAUGAAUACUUGAGUAACAAGGACAUUUUAUAGUUAUGUGUACGGCAAUACCCUCCGUUCCCCUA